UCUUCUCUCUGGGUGCCCUUUAACCUUCCUGCCUUGGUAUAUAGCCUGUGUGGCUAUCAGAGUUCUCCUGGCAGCCAUCAUGAAGGGUACGGUCUUGAUCUGCUGUUUCCUCUCCCUGCUGCUUUUGCAGGCCACAGCAGAAGAAGAAGAAGAAGAAGAUCUCAACACUGUCCUCAGAGACAGAUCUCACAUUGACGAGACGUUGCGGCUUGCAGCUGAGGAAAAAGCAGGAGACUAUGCAGCGGCCAUUGAGAGGUUGCGUAAGAUCUACCACACAUCCAUCAAGCCCAUGGAGCAGGCCUACAAGUACAAUGAACUGAGGCAGCACGAGAUCUCAGAUGGAGAGAUCACGUCCAAGCCCAUGGUGCUGUUCCUGGGACCCUGGAGUGUAGGAAAGUCCUCCAUGAUCAAUUACCUCCUGGGCAUGCACGACAGCCCCUAUCAGCUCUACACAGGAGCUGAGCCGACUACCUCUGAGUUCACAGUUAUUAUGCACGGGGAGAAGAUCCGCUCUGUUGAAGGUAUUGUGAUGGCAGCAGACAGCUCCCGGUCCUUCUCCCCCCUGGAGAAGUUUGGCCAAAACUUCCUCGAAAAGCUGAUUGGUAUCGAGAUGCCCCAUAAACUGCUGGAACGUGUGACUUUUGUGGACACACCAGGGAUUAUUGAGAACAGGAAGCAGCAGGAGAGAGGCUAUCCUUUCAAUGAUGUCUGCCAGUGGUAUGACCGUGCUGACCUGAUCUUCGUAGUUUUUGACCCAAAGCUGGAUGUGGGCCUGGAGCUGGAGAUGCUCUUCCGACAGCUGAAAGGUCGCGAAUCUCAGAUCCGCAUCAUUCAAAAGGCUGACAACCUGGCCACCCAGGACUUGAUGAGAGUCUACGGAGCACUAUUUUGGAGCUUAGCUCUCAUCAAUGUGACCGAACCCCCUCGCGUCUACGUCAGCUCCUUCUGGCCAUAUGACUAUGCAGCUGACACCAGCCGUGAGCUCUUCAAGCGAGAGGAGAUUUCCCUCCUGGAAGAUCUAAACCAGGUGAUUGAAAACCGCAUGGAGAACAAAAUUGCCUUCAUUCGCCAACAUGGAAUCCGUGUGCGCAUUCACGGCCUGCUGGUCGAUCGCUACGUCCAGACCUUCAAAGAGAAGAUGAGUUUCUUCAGUGCUGAACUUGUCUUCAAAGAGAUUGUGGAUGAACCAGACAAGUUCUACAUUUUCAAAUCCAUCCUGGCCAAGACCAAUGUCAGCAAGUUUGACCUGCCGAACCGUGAUGCUUACCGUGACUUCUUUGGCAUCAACCCAAUCAACAACUUUAAGCCUUUGUCAGCCCAGUGCUCCUACAUGGGGGGAUGUCUGCUGGAGAUUGAGAAGGCAAUCACCACAACGAGCCCUGCCCUUCUGAGCAGCAUUAACUCUGGCAAGCAGCCUGGCCUGUCCUCCUGCGAGGCCACGGGCUGUGGUGAGAAGCCAAAGAACCGCUACCGGAAGAACUGAGGAAAACAAAAUAACUUGAGUGGGGGAAGUGAGAAGAGAAGAGGAGGUCUGAAAGGAAGCCAGGCCUGAGUUAGUCAGAAUGCCUGUAAUUUUGAGGAGACAGAGGAGAAGAUAUUAGUGUUUGUUUAUUUCCUCAGGAGUAUAUGUGGGGUUGCAUUUAAGGACUGUGGGAGCGAGGCAGAUAGAUGGAGGGUUGGGUCAUUGUUGAAUAGGCAGCUUAAAGACACAAGAUCUGAAGGAUAAAGAAGAUGCCACUGAUCACUGAAUUUGUUACAUACAUGCCCUCCUCUCUCCCUUGCACAAUCAUGAUGGACUGUUUUAGCUUUUGGGGUUGGGGAAGUGAUGAUGUGAAAAAUAAUUAACUAAAAAUUAAGCUCAAAUAAAAAUGAAAAAUUAUGAAACUGA